GCGGUGACAGGCCGCGGAAAAUUUUUGGCACUCCAUUCGAAUAAAAAAACCGAAACUCGUGAUUUGAUAAAAUUAAUGCCGUGGUCGUGGGUUGACGAGAGAAGGGAGAAGCCGAGUUCGGGGAGAAGGUGAAAGUGAGAACCGUCUACGGACAUAACCUAAAAAUAAGCUGUAUGCGCGGCUAUCGCAGAUUUCACGAAAUCCACAGCGAUACGAUAUCGCUUUUCGAAAACUGUUUGACAUGAUUGUGCCAAAGUGUUGUCUUCUUUAUAAAUGACUCAUCGAAAACAGAGAUAGAGACGGAAAAAAUAUGGAGACUUGUAACGAAAGGGGCGACCGGACCCUGACUGACACCACGGUAACGCAAAGAUGUUGGUCCGAAUUAAGAGGCGUUGUCAGUGAUCUACGUAGAAAAUUGUCUGGAGUAUCUGUUGGUUCUGUACCUGGAUCCAUAACGUUUCGGUCUUUACCCGAUGGAAGGACCAGAAUAUAUUUUCUUAGUAGUCCGAGUAAUGGAUGGGAAACUACCUUAUUGUACGUGGACAUUGCUCAUUCGGAUCAUGCUAAUGGCUAUCGACUUCACUGGCAACCUGUUAUUGAAGCAAAUUUUCAAACAGUAUCGAGUACCAAAAGAUUAUCGAAGGAAGAACAGUUGUUAUGGGAAAGAAAAAGAUUAGCCACAUGGGGUAUCACUAGUUAUGAAAUUCAUUUGGAUAGUGGAAAAUUAGUUUUUCCGGCUGCCAGUAGUCUAUAUCAAUGUAUAGACACAGGAUUCAUGGCUGGACCUCUUUUUCCAUCUGAAAUUCGUAUGUCAACAUCAGGUGCAAAAUUAUGUCCACAAAUUUGUCCUUGGAACAAUGCAUUAAUUGCUCAUACAUGCUCAGGGGAUUUGUAUCUGUCCCACAGCAUCACAGGUUCUUCUGUAAGACUAACUCACGCGAGAAAAGGUGGAAGAAGUUUAGCAGAUGAUCCUCUUACUGCUGGAACUCCUUCUUACGUAAUGCAAGAAGAAUUUACUAGGUAUACCGGUUAUUGGUGGCAACCAAAAUCUAGCGAUGGCGUUUACAGAAUAGUAUACGAGGAAGUUGACGAAAGUGACGUAAAAAUAUUUUGUUUCCCAUCGACGUCAAACUCUGAUGAAAUUGACGAAUUUAGAUUUCCCAGAGCUGGCACACCCAAUGCCAGAAGUAAUCUGAAGAUGGUGCAAUUUCGAUUAACGGAAACGUUACAAAUCGUUGAUAUCGAUAUACUGGAGCUCCAAUAUCCCCUACAUAUUAUGUUUCCGUGGAUGGAAUAUGUAGUGAGAGUGGGAUGGACUCCGGAUGCACAAUAUGUCUGGGUCCAGCUGUUAGACAGGAAGCAGCAAAAGCUCGAAUUAGUUUUAUUAUCCAUAGAUAAUUUCUGUGAGCCACCACCGAACAUUUACAAUUCAGAGAAUCACUUCACGCCUUCAUCGGCGAGCGUACAAGUAAUAUAUUCCGAAGAAAGUUCAAUUUGGAUAAACGUUAACGAUCUCUUGUAUUUUUUACCGUCCAACGAUCCCACAGAGGUGAAAUUCUUGUGGGGCAGCGAGGAAUCUGAUUUUAGACAUCUGUAUCUCAUUACAUCCAGUAUAGCAGGUAUGAACAAUGAAGUGGAAGAACCGUUGGAUAGAAUGGAUAGUAUUUUCUUACAACCUCGAGUUACUUCUAAAGUUGCUUUAACUCAAGGAGAGUGGGAAGUAUUAGGUAAAAAGUUGUGGGUAGACGAAGCCAACUCAAUCGUUUAUUUUUGCGGCUUGCGCGAAGGUCCGUUAGAACAACACGUUUAUGCCGUGUCUCUUCGUCGCCCACUAGAAAUAAGGUUACUCACGAGGCCAGGUUAUAGUCACAACAGCAUAUAUUUUAAUAAGGAAUGUACGAUGCUAGUGACCGUUUACAGCUCCAUCAAAACAUUACCCACUUGUCAAGUAUUUAAAAUAUCGCAAUCAGAUUGGACGGUGGAAAGUAUUUCUUUAACGCCUGUGGGCUAUUUACUGGAACCGUCGGUUCCUGAAUCCGAAUUAUUUGCGCCAGAAAUUUAUACUCACAAAAUAUCCUGUGGCGAUACUAUUUACUCCAUGAUUUUUAAACCGCAUAAUUUUCAAAGUGGCGUAAAGUAUCCUACGAUACUGAACGUUUACGGUGGUCCAGAAGUACAAUUAGUAUCGAAUACAUUUAAAGGAAUGAGGCAUUUGAGGAUGCACAUGUUAGCUGCUCAAGGGUACUGUGUAGUAUUAAUUGACUCGCGCGGUUCUCAUCACAGAGGCUUAGUAUUUGAGAGUCAUUUGCAACACAGAAUGGGAACAGUCGAGUUAAACGAUCAAGUCGAAGUACUGAAAUGGUUGGCGGAAAGUACUGGAUACAUAGAUUUGAAUCGCGUAGCCUUACACGGUUGGUCUUACGGAGGAUAUUUAAGUCUGAUGGGCUUGAUACAAUACCCGGAAAUAUUUAAGUUGGCGAUAGCGGGUGCACCAGUUACUUCUUGGAACUUUUACGACACUGGAUACACUGAACGUUACAUGGAUUUACCUCAAAAUAAUCCCCAUGGAUAUAUGGCAGGAUCGAUUCUAACAUACGUGGAUAAAUUCCCGGACGAAGAAAAUAGAUUGUUAAUAAUUCACGGACUUAUAGAUGAAAACGUGCACUUUUUUCAUACGAGUCAACUGAUUAAUGCUCUUGUCAAAUCUGGCAAACCGUAUCAACUGCAAGUUUAUCCGAACGAAAGACAUAGUCUUAGAAGUUUGGAUGCCAGUAAACAUUAUGAGACCACGCUACUGUCAUUCUUACAAAACCAUUUAUAAAUGCAUUGUUUUUGUUCAGUUGAUUAUGACAAGAUUUUAACAAUUUGAGUGACUGCCAUUACAUUAUGUACAUAGAUUAAAGAAAUUAAAAGUUGUUUCUCGUGUCUUUAUGUUCGCGAUGGUGUUUAACACGAACCUUAUAUUUUGUAUAAAGUCCGUAACUACUAUUCAAACAGUAUUAUGAUUUUACACUUAAAAUUUACAAUAAAAACAGCUGAAAAUUC